AUGACGGCCACCGCGUCGCCCAAGUCUGCGCCUACACUCGACAAUGCCCAAGACCCUCCCGCCACCACAUCAGAUAGUCCCUCAUAUACCAAUACAAUCCCCGAAACUGCUGGUGUUCCCGACGUGCCUCCCUCGAACUCCCAAACAAGUGGGAACCAUGACGUGGACCAGUCUGCUGCCGCUCAAGUUGCCGCAGAUGACAGUAUCGACAACAACGACGAUGGUGAUGUGGACGGAAGACCUGCCAAACGACGUCGAGUUCGCGAUACGACCCCAGACAAGCAAUCCCGUCGACCCAAACCCAUUUCGCCCCCAUGGAAGAAGAUAGAGGCCGAGGGGCCGACAAGCUUCACAGAUAAUGGUAAACGCAGGUCUGGCCGGACUAAUGCUGUCCCACUCGAACUACAGGCACCGGGAACCAAAAGGUUGACUAGGGGUGCUAUUCACGGCCUCGGCGGUUCUCCUGCCUCCAAGGAGAAGCGUGCAUCUACCAAUGGCCACUCGAAUGGGACACCAAAGAACGCGUCGACCGCGAAAAGGGCUGCCUCCAAGGCUCCCGCACCUGUUAGCAAACCAUUGAACGGCUCAAGGCAAUCGCCAAGGACUCGAAGACGCUCACCAUCACCGCCGCCCGCAUCGACCUCACCGCAACGAUCUACGAGGACAAGUCGAAGCUUGAGAGCCCCGCGAGACAGCCUUGACAACCCCGUCGUUGACUCAGAACAGCCCACCCACGAGAGUCCGAACUCGCGCCCAACUAGAAUUCGGCUGCGCAUAAAGCCCGUGACCCUCCCCAUCGUCCAUCCGGCGCAAGUCAAUGUGCCGCCCGGUCAGACAAUCGCGCGUCCAAAGGUUGGGUCAAGCUUCAACGACUUUGUUGGACGAGCGCCGACCAUAGAUGUCAACGAUGGCGGUUGGUUGGAUCUCGCCGAUGAAGGACCCCCGUACACACAAGAGUCAGCGGAGAAGGAUGCGAGUAUCAUAUUGCGGAUUGAGGCCGAGGCUGAGCCAGGAGGCCUACUCAGUGAAGCACGCUCUGCACUUUUUGUUCCAGAGCCUGUCGAAGAACCCCCUCGCCAGUGGGCGCAUGCGGACCAUCUCCUCAAGCAAAUGGCUAACUUCCGGAAGUUGAUGCUGAUGGAACAACAGCGACACAAAGCUACAGCAAAGCGCCUGGCUGAAGCUUGCAGGGAUGAGUGGAUACGCCGACAGCCAAAGUCAGCCGAGCAGAUCGAAGCCGAAGCCCGGGUUGCGUGGAUCGCGCGUUACAGGACUGUUGUGCGGGCUGUUGCAGGGACGUGGGAAAAUGUGAAGGUCGAAAUCAAUCGCCGCCGCCUAGAAGAAUGGGAAGCUGCUGAGCAGAAGCGAGUGAAGGCUGCCCUUAAUGAAGCCGUCAAUAUGUCAGAGCUCAAACUCCAGGCUCGGCGCGCCCACUUUGAUUCAGAAGCCUUGUCCGAUGACGAAGACGACGAAGACUUGGACGAAUCCGAUGAAGAAGCUGAGGAUGACGAUAUUGACAUGGACUCGGAUGAAGCCUCUGUGUUAGGUGAUGGAUUGGGCAACGACGAAGACAAUAUGUCCUCGUCCGACGACGACGACGAGGACGCCAAGUCGAACGCUUCGGACGAGGGUCUGACACAAGAACAACUGCUGCAGAAGUAUACGAAUGUUCCAGAGUUGCCAGAUCCAGAGGAGGUGGCAAAUGAUGUCGGCGACAAUACUGGAACGAUACAGCCACAGGCCGAGGACGAAGGCGAGACUACAGAUGAAUCGGUGGAUAUGGAUGACGACCUAGGGACCAGUGACGAGGAUAUGGACAGUAAUGGAGAUGAUGGUGGCGAACCCGCCGCCGAGUCUGAAGGCUCCGGUGAGGAUGACGAAGAGGACGAAGAGCCUUCUGGCCUGCUUGGCUUGUUCUUUGGCAAGAAUGAGUUGAAGCGAAUGGAGCAAGAUACUACCAACGAGGAGACAGUACAAUCUCCUCAAGACGACGUUGAUAUGGUAGAUGCUCCUGAGCCAGCCGCCGGCAAGCUCGACGCGGAUCAUCAAGCUGCUGAGACAGGUAGACUCAAGCCGGGAGCACCACUUGGUGGCCCAAGUCCACGGGAAAAUCUAGCAGGCGCAGUGGAAACACCUGCAGAGGAUCGUACCGAUGCUGGUAACGCAUCUUCUACCCAAGUCAAGGUAGCAACAUCACGAGGACCUUCGUCAGGAGCUGUGGAGCCGCCGUCCGAUCCACAACUCAGCAAUCAACCCGAUGCUCCGACGUCAAUACCGAAACCGUUGCAAGCCCAUGAUAUCGAAAUGGAGAUUAUUGGUACGGUUGAGCGGGCAAAUGAGGGCAGCGCCGAGAAAGCGGCAGCUAUUCCAAGCGUCGAAGUCAUCGACACAUCAUCGGAACAACAGCAACUUUCCUCCGACACGGACGCUGUAACCAAUCCUCUAAGUCGCGACCGAAGCCAGUCACCUCGGACGGCGGACACCAAGCCCUCAGAAGUCGAUACCUCUUCCUCAGUUGUGAAAUCUGGUGCCAGCAGGUCUAUCUCGCCUCAUUCCCCUCACUCCCAGGUGCCAAAGACAGAAGCGCCGUUCCUACUGCGAGGAACCCUGCGCGAAUACCAGCAUUACGGCUUGGACUGGCUGGCGGGGCUGUACAGGAACCAGACUAACGGCAUAUUGGCCGACGAAAUGGGUCUGGGAAAGACAAUACAGACAAUCGCUUUAUUAGCCCACCUUGCUUGUCAUCAUGAAGUCUGGGGUCCGCAUCUGGUCAUCGUUCCGACCAGUGUGAUGCUCAACUGGGAAAUGGAGUUCAAGAAGUGGUGUCCUGGGUUCAAAGUCCUAUCGUAUUAUGGCAGCAUCGAAGAGAGAAGGCGGAAACGACAAGGCUGGAAGACAGAUGAUAUGUGGAACGUCUGCAUUACGUCUUACCAGAUUGUUCUGGCCGAUCAACAAGUCUUCAAACGCCGACAAUGGCAUUACAUGGUCCUGGAUGAGGCACACAAUAUCAAGAACUUCAAAUCAAAGCGGUGGCAGACACUGUUGGGGUUCAACACUCAAGCUCGACUCCUACUCACUGGUACGCCUCUGCAGAACAAUCUCACAGAACUUUGGUCUCUGUUGUUCUUCUUGAUGCCGUCUGAAAACGGAGUGGGUGGCUUUGCAGACCUAGCAGAGUUUCAGGACUGGUUCCACAAGCCCGAGUCCCAGAUCCUGGAGAGCGGCAGAGAGCAGAUGGAUGAUGAAGCCCGGGCGAUCAUUGCCAAGCUACACAAAGUGCUCAGGCCAUACCUACUGAGGCGACUGAAGGCCGAUGUUGAGAAGCAAAUGCCGGGCAAGUAUGAACACGUCGAGUUCUGUCGACUGUCAAGACGCCAACGUGAGCUGUACGAUGGAUUCCUCGGCCGCACCGACACCAGGGAAGCCCUUUCUUCGGGUAACUACAUCUCCGUCAUCAACUGUCUUAUGCAGCUACGGAAGGUUUGCAACCAUCCUGACCUUUUUGUUGAGCGACCCAUCAUGACGUCUUUUCGACAACCCAGGUCUAUUGUCGCCGACUACGAGACCACUGAAAACCAUCUGCGUGGAAAGCUUCUCGCGGUCCCCCCCAUGAGCAUCGUCAACCUGAGCUUCCUCAACCUAGUACCUGCACAACAUGAGGAGUUAUCCAACACUGUAUGUGAACGCACGUCCGAGCUCAGUUCACAUGGAGCGCUGAUGGAUCUUCGCGAAGCCCAAAAGGCACGAGCACAGGCCGCUUACACCAACCUGGAUCCCUCCACUGUCGAGUCAAACAUCAUAUACCUGGAGAGUGCGGCCCGAUGGGGUCGAUUCGAAGAGUUGCAGCACCAUGUCUACUUGAACGCGCUCAGACGCCAACAACGCCCUGUCUAUGGCAAGCGACUGACAGAUCUCCUCACAUUGGGUGUGAAUGAGCGACCAUUCAAGGCGCGUCCGAGAGUACCGCAAAAGAUCAUGAGCUGGUUUGAAGAAGAAUCGCCUGUUCUAAGAUCAAUGGUUCCUACCCUCGACCAACGUGCCUCGUUGGUAAGGAGCACCAUCUCGAAGUUUGCGUGCGUCACUCCAGCUGUUGUGACAAGGGACAUCGAUCGAUUCGUUCUAGGUUCAGGUGGUGUUGAAGCAUUUGAUGAGAUGAACCUCAAACUAGCUGCCCCGAUUCGCUAUGCACCGUUUAUGCCGAAGGAGCCUCCACUCGAUCCAUGGCAUGAGUCGCGUAUGAGGCUCAGCAUUCAGUUCCCUGAUAAACGACUCUUGCAAUAUGACUGUGGCAAGCUUCAAGCGCUCGAUCGACUCCUACGCAAGCUUCAAUCCGGCGGCCAUCGUGCGUUGAUCUUCACGCAGAUGACCAAAGUUCUCGACAUCCUGGAGCUGUUCCUCAAUAUUCAUGGGCACAAAUAUCUCCGACUGGACGGAGCUACGAAGAUAGAACAGCGACAGAUAAUGACGGAUCGAUUCAACAACGAUCCACGAAUUCUCUGUUUCAUUUUGUCGACGCGAUCCGGCGGUCUCGGCAUCAAUCUAACGGGAGCGGAUACGGUCAUCUUCUAUGACCAAGACUGGAAUCCCGCCAUGGACAAGCAAUGCCAAGAUCGGUGUCAUCGCAUUGGUCAGACGAGAGAUGUUCACAUAUACCGACUUGUGAGCGAGCAUACGAUCGAAGCAAACAUUCUGCGAAAAGCGAGCCAGAAACAGAUGCUAGACGAUAUUGUCAUUCAAGAAGGUGGCUUCACAACUGACUACUUCAACAAGCUAUCUGUGCGCGACGUCAUUGGCGCACCGACGGAUGAAGCUGACGUGGUCGGUGAUGCCAUGGACCGGGUCUUGGGUGGCGUGGAAAAUAGCGAUCAUCGAGCUGUCGGGCGUGUUCUCGAACAAGCUGAGGAUCGUGAGGACGUCGACGCCGCUCACGUUGCCGAAAAGGAGAUCCAAGAAGACGAAGCCGACUUUGAGGAAAAGCCUGCAACAGCAACUGGGUCGGGAACCUCCAGCGCACGACAAGGAUCUCCUGCGACCCGAGACGACUCAGCCGCUCCUGGAGUCGGGAGGUCUAACCUCGGGCUAUACGCAGAGUCUGCAGACACGGAUGGAGUGCUUCAGGAGAUGGAAAGCAAUGCCUGGGGUGAACGGAUACAAACCAUCGAUGAUUAUAUGCUCGGGGCAAUGGGCAAAGAACUCGAGGGCACGCCACUGGAACUGCCGAAGGAUAAGAAGAAGAGCAAGAGCAAAAAGGGAAAAGACACAAGGAAGCGACAAUCCCACGCGACCUUGGGGAAACUCAGAUCGCAACUACUAAGAAUGACCUCGCCGGCAAAGCAAGACUCGCAACAUGGCGACUUCCGCCAGUAUCUGCCAGACCUCAGCAGCUCGCGGUUUACGACGAUGGCUCAGAACGACGCCUAUGGCCAUGCGCGGGAGUUGAAGGAGAAACAGGCACCGCCGUGGCUGUAUGGGCUGUACAUGCAUUGGCGCAAGCUGUUCCAGGAGCCGUUCAAGGGGAUCACUAAUGACGGAACCGUCAAACCAGGACUCUUCACGAUCCAAGACGAAGGCAUCCCCAUCGACAGCAUCGUCGCCGCCGCAAGCGCCGUAGUGUCGCAGCUGUCGCCCGAACAGGCCUCCAAGACCCUCCUGCACAUCGACUCGCCCGAAUGGCGCACAUGGUCCAAUCCGGAGUUCCUCAUCAGCGACAAGGGCAUCCGGCUAGAUGAGCUGACCCCGUCGCUCCGCGACAGCGUGCUCGAGGUCCUGCAGGCCACACUGUCGCCCGAAGGCUACGCCAAGGCGCGGGACGCGAUGCGCAUCAACCACUUCCUGGGCGAGCUCGUCGGCGCCCCGCGCGUCAUGAACGAGCACAGCUACAACUUCGUGCUCUUCGGCGCCCCGUCCACGACGGCGCCGUGGGGGUUCUCGUUCUACGGCCAUCACCUGUGCCUCAGCGUGUUUCUCUACCGCACGCAUAUCGUCGUCUCGCCCUGGUUCACGGGCGCCGAGCCCAACGUCGUCGACGCCGGGCCGUACGAGGGCACGCGCAUCCUGCAGGAGGAGGAGCGGCUGGGGCUGCGGCUGAUGCAGAGUCUGGGUGAUGGGGAGAAGGCUGCAGCGCGGGUUUACAAGUUGAUGAAGGACCCGGAUAUGCCGCGCGGGAGGUGGAAUCAUGAUGACCAACGCCACCUGUGCGGCGCGUACCGCGACAACCGCGUCGUGCCGUACGAGGGCGUCGUCGUGGGCACCCUGAGCACCACACAACAAGACCUCGUCCGAUGCAUCCUAAGCCAAUAUUUACUAUACCUCCCGGCGCGGGCGCGCGAGAUCCAACUACGGAAUAUCGCGGCGCGCUUCGACGAGACGUACUUUAGCUGGAUCGGCGGGUUCGGGGACGCCGACGCGUUCUAUUAUAGGAUUCAGAGCCCGGUUGUGGUGGUUGAGUUUGAUCACCAUUCGGGCGUGUUUCUCACGAAUGGGGAGCCGGCUAAGUUUCAUGUGCAUACUUUGCUUCGGACGCCGAAUGCGGGCGAUUAUGGGUUUGCGCUUCGUGGCCAGAUCGAGGGCGUGGAGCAGGCGUUUGUGUGGGAGGGGUGA